CGGCGCGGCUCGAGGCCGGCGGUGAUGGCGGAACCGGGCACGGGAGCGGCCGGAGGGGGCCGGGACCGAGCGGGGAACGGCACAGGGUCCGGCGGGGCAGGCGAUGACCCGGGCGCUGACCCGCCCCUGCCGCGGGGCGAGAACGGCGUGGAGGGCAGAGCGGUCCGCGUGGGCACCCGCCGGAGCCAGCUGGCCCGGAUUCAGACCGACAGCGUGGUUACGAUCCUCCGUGAGCUGUACCCUGACCUCCACUUUGAGAUUGUUGCCAUGUCAACAACUGGAGACAAGAUCUUGGAUACAGCACUUUCCAAGAUCGGGGAGAAGAGCCUCUUCACCAAAGAGUUGGAAAAUGCACUUGAAAAAAAUGAAGUUGACCUUGUGGUUCACUCCUUGAAGGACUUGCCAACUUCCCUUCCUCCUGGCUUUACAAUCGGCGCCGUCUGCAAAAGGGAAAACCCACUUGAUGCUGUUGUCUUUCAUCCCAAAAACUGUGGAAAAACACUGAGCCUCCUUCCUGAAAAGAGUGUGAUUGGAACCAGUUCACUUCGGAGAGCAGCUCAGCUCAAAAAGAAGUUCCCUCAGUUACAAUUCAGGGAUAUUAGGGGGAACUUAAAUACCCGCCUAAAAAAGCUAGAUGAGAAGGAAGACUUCAGUGCCAUCAUCCUGGCUGCUGCUGGGCUGAAGAGGAUGGGCUGGGAGCAUCGCAUUGGCCAGCUCCUAGGCCCUGAAGAUUGUCUGUAUGCUGUUGGACAGGGUGCCUUAGCAGUGGAAGUUCGUGCCAAAGACCAAGAGAUACUGGAUAUGGUAUCUGCCCUGCAUGAUGCAGACACUGUGUUGUGCUGCAUUGCUGAGAGAGCCUUUAUGAAGCGUUUGGAAGGUGGAUGUAGUGUCCCUGUUGCUGUCAGCACCCUGCUGAAGGAUGGCCAGUUGUACUUGACAGGAGCAGUCUACAGCUUGGAUGGAUCCGAUAGCCUGAAGGAGACUAUGCAGACCAGUGUCAACUACCCCCAUCAGAAUGAAGAUGGACCAAACGAUGAUGUGCAGCAUGUUGGCAUCACAGCCAAGAGUGUCCCUAAUCAGGCCCAGGAAGCUGCAGAGAACCUGGGUGUUGAACUGGCUAAUUUACUUCUUAGCAAGGGAGCAAAGCAUAUCCUUAGCGUGGCAAGGCAGCUCAAUGACACACACUGAACUCGGUGCAGCCAGGAGUGCUACAACACCAGCUACAAGACUGCAGCUACACCAUCAUCCUCUGGAGGAUGGGAUUUAUUUACUCAUACCAGUCUUGCCUGAUGUUUGGGUGCAAAAACCUGAAAUAAUAAGCUAACUAACUUGAGUAGUUUGUGCUGUUCAGGGUUUUCAUCCCUUUCCACAUUUCUCUAAAUUGCCAAGUGUCUCUUUGAAGUAUUUUCAACAAUUUUUGUAGCUAGGAAGUUAAAAGCAAAAAUUAAAAAUAAAAAUCAGUAAGCGUUCUAUUCCAUUUAGGAACAAAGUGCUCAUUACAGAUUAUAAUUGGAGACUCAA